AUUUCUGCACUUGCAGAAACUAUCAUGAAUAUAGAAAUCUUAUAUGAAGGAUAAAUUUAAUUUAAAUUUUUAUUAAAAAAAUUAAUUGAAUAUUUAGAUUAAGGAGUUUAAAAUAGUAUGGAUUUUAAUAACAUGAUAUAUGUAUUGUAAAUAUUAGAAAAAAUAAUUGAUAUUAGUGAAGAAAAAGGAAAUUUAGUUGAAAUGUAAAAUUUAUUUGACUAAUUAGACGCCACAAAAAUGUUUCUUAAUUUAAUAUCUAAUAUAAAAACAUACCCUUUUGAAGAUAAUUUAUUAAUUGCUUUACUUAGCUUUAUGACAAAACUUACUUCAGGUGGUAAUUCGAAAGUUUAAAAAACUAUUUUUAAUUACUUUUUAUGUUAUCCUGUAAGCGAAAUGCUAUUUAACAAGUUUAAUAAUAUUUUACUUGAAUUUAUUGAAGAACUUAAAGAAAUGUAUAAAAAAGAAGAAUAGAUUAAAUUAAUUAAUCAUAAUGUUAGUACAUUUUAUAAUUAAUAUAAUUGUCAUAUAAAUGAACAAAGUUAAUUCAAUUAAACAAAUCAUGCUACUGUAAAAUUUUCUGGAUUUGCUACUUCUUAUAUUUCCAAUAUUAAUUAAAGCGUGCUUUUAAAUAAAACUAAUAACUUAGAUAGUAGUAAUUAGAAAUAAGAAGUAUUUACAAAUUAAUAAAAAAAUAAAAACUCAGAACUCGUUAUGUAAUUAUUAAGAUUAUUAUAAUUAUUUUGCGAAGGACAUAAUCUAAAUCUUUAAAAUUAUUUACGAUAUUAAACUAAUAGUAGAAAUUCUUAUGAUUUAAUAACAUUAGUUGUUGAUCUUUUGGAUUAAUUCUGUGUAAAAUUAGUUUAAUAAAAUUAUGAAAAAAUAAUAAAAUGCUUAGAUACUUUAACUGAAUUUGUAUAAGGUCCUUGUAAUGAAAAUUAACAAAAAAUAAUUGACUCAAAGUUUUUAGAAAUAUCUUAAAAAAUAUUAAAAGUUGAAAAAAAUAAUAACCCAAUAUAAAUGGGAAAAUCUAAUAUUUAAAAAAGUAAAUAGAAUUUAGCUAAAAUAUAAAGUAAUGAUUUUAGUCACCAGUUUAUUAGAAUAAAAUUCUGAUAGCUUAGUUAUUAAAAGAGUUAUGAGAAGUUUACCUUUAAGUACUUUAAAAAUUAACUUAGCUAUUAUUUAUAAAAGAUAUAAAAAAACAUUUAAAGACUAAUAUACUAUUGAUUGUUUUAAUAAUAAAAAUAUAAAAAAAGAAAAAUUAAGAUAAUAUACUCUAAUUACAGAAACAGGAUUCUAUAUAUAUUUUUUAAUCACUUAUUACCUUGAUUUACCUUCAAAAAUUUCUUUAAAAAGCGGCAAUAAAGUUAUUGAUUAAGAUUUAGAUAUUGAAACAAAAAAAGAGCUUGAUGAUAUUUAAAAAAACUUUAUUCAAAAGCAGGUUGUUUUUUUUUUUAAAAAAAAUAUAAUUUAAUAAUAACUUAUAAAGGGAAUGUUUAUUUUAUAAAAAAAUAUAAUUGGAUAAUUAUGGAAAUUCUCAAAUGCCAUUUUAGCAGGAUUAUAUAGUUAUUUAACUUAUAUAAUGAAAAAAUUUAAUAAAAAAAAUGAAUAGAAAUAUUCUAAAGAUGACAUAAUUAAUAAAUUCUUUAAUGAAGGAAUUCUUUUUUUUAAAACUAAUUCGGCUUCUAUUGAAAUUGUUAGAGAUAAUUAAAUUGAAAAAGUUAGGUUCAUUAAGUUACCUUAUUGUCAUUAUUUACCUAAAGAAACUAAAGUAGAAUUUUAAAAUAAUGUUAUAAGAGAUUCUAUUCAUUCGAAAAUAUAAGGAAUUAUUGAUAAAUAUAAAAAUUUUAUAAUAAUAUGUAAGCAUGAAGAAUAAUUGGCUCUAUUUUUCAAUAGAAAUACAUUUGCAAGUAUAUUUGCAAAUUAUGUAGAUAUGUGGAGAGAUAUAGCAUUUAUUUUAACAAUAAUAUUAAAUGCUUUUAUAAUUAUUAGUUAUUCAGAAUUUAAUAAUGAUAGAAUAUGGAGUCCUAAAUUAAAUGAUGACACAACAGUAUAAUAAACAAAAUAACUUUUUAAAAUUUUUGGAUACAUAAUGAUUUUCUGUUCUAUGCUCGUAUUACUUUUCUUCUUAGUUAAAAAGGGACCUCUUUAUUUAAAAGAAGUAUGGUAAACAAACGAGGCUUUUUUAUAAAUUAAAACAGGAUUAAUUGUAUAAUAUGUAAAACAUUUGUUAAUUAUAGUAUCAAGUUUAAUACGUUUUAUUAUAAACCCUGAAGUAGUUUAUUAUUUGACAUAUGGAACCUUAGCUGUUUUAGCAACUGAAAUUCAUCCAUUUUUCUUUGCUUUUCAUUUAACUGAAUUUUUACUGAGAUAUCCCACUUUAAGAAAUAUCCUUAGGGCUGUUUAUGAGCCUUAUAUUUCUUUGGCUUUAACAUUUAUUUUGAUUCUACUUUUUAUUUAUUUCUUUAGUUUAUUCGGAUAUAUUUUUUUUGAUAAAGCAUAUCAUGGAAGAUGCUAAGAAUUAUAUUUGUGCUUUUUUGAAACUUUUGAUUAAACAUUCAAAAAUAAUGGAGGUUUAGGAGGUUUUUAUGAAUCUAAUGAUCCUAAAUAAAGUAAUGAUUAUAAUUAUGAAAGAUUUUUCAUUGAAAGUUUCGCAAAUAUAAGUAUUAACCUUGUAAUAAUAUAAAUUUUUUCAGGUAUUAUUAUCGAUAAAUUUAGUUAGCUAAGAUCUGAAGAAUUAGAGAAGAUUAUGGAUAUUUAAGAGAUGUGUUUUAUAUGUGGAAAUACAAGGGAACUAUUUGAUAGAAAAAGUGAUUAAGGAUUUGUUCAACAUAUAAAAAAUGAGCAUUACUUAUGGAAUUAUGUGUUUUAUUUGGGUUUUUUAUAAGAUAAAGAAAGUACUGAAUAUACUGGAAUAGAAAGCUAUGUAUCUGAAAAACUCAAAUCUAAUGAUACAUCUUGGUUUCCUAUUUAAAGAGCUGCAAUUUUAGUUGAUGAAGAAAAAAAAAUAUAAAUGGAAAAUAAUGAAUUUACAGAUUUUUAAGAUGAAGUAUUUUAAUAAAAUUAGCAUUUACAUUUUUUUUAAAUAUAAAUAUUAUUAAUCUUAUUUUAUAAUUUUAAUAAAAAAGAUAAAAUAGCUGAAAAGAUAUUAAAUGUAUAUUUAAGAAAAUUCGAACAUUAUUAAAUAAUUAGAAUAAAAUGUUAAAAUUAAUAUGAAGAAAAACGAGCAUAAAUGAGCAUAAAUAAUUUUAAUGAUUAAAUUUAUAUUUUGUACAAACUAAGACAUUUAAAUUUAUAAAAAUUAUUAAUUAUGACUAAAAAGAAUAUUUCAAUAAUAUAUAAUAUAGAAAACUAUUUAAAUUGA